AUGUCUCAGCCGUUCGCGCCCAUGCCGCCGCCGUUCUUCGCCAGCUCUGAUGACGAAGAGAACGAGGCCGAGAACCCGGUCGAGCCUGUGAAGCGUCGCUCGGUGUCGCGUGCUUCGGCUGUACCCCUGGCCUCACGCGACAACCAGCCUCUGUUCUUGCCAGAUUCCGAUAAUGAGGACGAGGAUAUCAAGCCUCCAUCAUCCCCGGGCGCGGUCGUAGACUUUGAAGAAGACGACGAAAUAAUGGUCGUGGACGCACCUCCAGCACCAGCACCAGCGCCUACACGUCCCAUACGUGCUCCCACGACUGCCCAGAAGUCCUCGACGCGUUCGUCCAGCCCACCACCAGCGAAGAAACGGAAACUCUCGCCGAAAUCAGCUUCACCAGACGUAGAAGUCACAUCGGCAUUUGCCGGCGAGAAGCCGUACAGCGCGUCUUACAUCGGCUCGUUCCUCGUCGGAAACGCCUGGAGCACUGUCAAGGGCAAAGGCUACAUCAAGCAGGGCGACCCCAUCACUCUCGCUCUGGAUGAACCCGAACCUCCACGACCCGCUCAGUCAUCUGGCAAGGGCAAGAAGGGCGCCGGCGGUAAACAGAUGACGCUGGGCGCUGCGUUCAGGGCGAAGCCUACGCCGCCCAAAGCGGCGGGAAAGAACAAGCAGACUGUGGUUCGACUACGCAACCAGAAGGGCUUCGAAUUUGGCCGCCUUCCAAACCAAGUCGCAGCCUGGGUUUCGCAUCUACUCGAACUCGGCAUCGUCGACUUCCGGGGCAGCACGAUGAUCCAAUGUCCAGAAACACUCCACUCCGGCGCGGACCUCGUAAUCUCUCUUUCGGUCUUCCUCCUCCCCGCCGCCUUCAAACCUCCCGCGCCCUCAGCCAACGACAACAACGCGCCACGAAACGUGUUCGACGAGUCUUCCGAGACGAGUGUCGAGCAGACGCUGAGAGAGCGUAAAGUGGGCUUGUUGAAGCUGUUCGAUCAGAUCGGGUUGAAGCCUGUCAGCGGACAUGAUGCGGCGAAAUUGAAGAAACAAGCGGAGGGUGACUUGGACGGGGAGGAUCUCAUUGCGCUUACUCAGGCGCCGUCGGGGAAGGGUAGCGAAGAAGAAGAAGAGGGUGAAGAUCUGGGCGAGGACGAGUUGAACUUGAUCUACAAACGAGCGCAGGCAAACGACCAGACGAUGGCGGAGAUGGAACCGCCCGACACGUUCAAGCUUAAACUACGCAGCUACCAGAAGCAAGCUUUAUGUUGGAUGCACUCGCUAGAGAUGGGCAUCCAGUCCGUCCGCGAAGCGACCUCCAUGCACCCACUCUGGAACGAGUAUCGUUUCCCGACAGAGCCCGUCGACGGCGUCAUCGACCUCACAGCCGAAGCGGAACAACGCCCAUUCUACUUCAACCCUUACUCCGGCGAACUCAGCCUCACCUUCCCGAAAGCCGAGCGCAAAUGCCGAGGCGGCAUCCUCGCCGAUGAGAUGGGUAUGGGCAAGACCAUCAUGCUUUCUUCCCUCAUCCACACUCUACGCGGACCCGACACCGUUCCUCAACCGCCCCCGCCAAAAGCCGGAGCAUCAGGCCUUCAGCCGUCCAAACAGCGUCAACAGCGCCUCGACUUCUCCGCAGCCGCAAACUCUACAUCAACUAAGAACGCCCUCGGACCCGUGGCGACGCUCAUCGUCGCGCCCACGUCGCUCCUCGCUCAAUGGGCCGAGGAGCUCGAGCGGUGUUCGGAGCCUGGAAGUGUCGCUGUGACUGUCUGGCACGGGAGCAGCAGACUGGACAUCGAUGCGCUCGUCGCUGGUGCGGGAAAAGGAGAUGGGUCGGAGUGUGUGCCGGUUGUUGUUACGAGCUAUGGAGUAUUGGCGAGUGAACAUGCGAAGGUCGGCAAGACGGGCAUCAAGGCGUCGCCGUUGUACAGAACGGAAUGGCUCCGGGUAGUCCUGGACGAAGCCCACCACACCAAAUCCCGCACCUCAAAAGCAUCCAAAGCAGUCUGCGCCCUCCGUGCGCGCCGGCGCUGGGCAGUUACCGGAACGCCUAUCGUCAACCGACUCGAGGACCUCUACUCGCUGCUCAAGUUCUUGGACUACGCGCCAUGGAGCGGAUACGCCUUCUUCAGGAGCUUCAUCACGCUACCUUUCCUGGCGCAUGAUCAGAAGGCGAUUGAGGUCGUCCAGGUCAUACUUGAGAGCGUGCUGCUCAGGAGGGAGAAGACGAUGAGAGACGCGGAUGGGAAGCGGAUUGUCGAGUUGCCCGCGAAGGAGACGGUCGUCGACGCCCUCACAUUCUCACACGCCGAACGCCGCAUCUACGACUCAAUCUUCAAACAAGCCAAGAGCGACUUCGACAAGCUCGACGCGGGCGGACUCGUCGGGAAGAACUACACGCACAUCCUCGCGAUGCUCAUGCGGCUACGUCGGGCGGUGCUGCAUCCCAGCCUCGUCUUGACCGCCGACAGCAAGGAUGGAGACGGAAAGAAUACCCAGGGCAAGGGGAAGAGCAAGGACGACGGUCGUGUCGAUGUGGACGAGAUGAUCCGCGCUUUCACACGCGGUGAGACCGCGAACGCCUAUGCUGAGGGUGUUCUGUCGGGGCUCAGCACGCCUACACAGUCCGCGGAGGGCAGCGGAGAAGAAGACGUAGAAGAAUGCGCGAUCUGUCUCGACGGGAUGGAACGCCCCAUGAUGUUCCCCGCAUGCGCACAUAGAUGCUGCCGCGAUUGCGCCGUCGGAUAUCUCGCUGCAUGCGCGGAGAGAGGCGAGGACGGGCGGUGUCCGACGUGUAAUGCUGGGCCUGUUACGGAGCAGGAACUGUUGGAGGUCGUGAAGAGCAGCCAGGGUGCGGAUGGAGAGGAGAGGAAGCUUACGCUGCGGAAGAACGACUUCGUGAGCUCGACCAAGUUGGACGCGCUCAUCGCGAACCUCCGCCGACUGCAAGACCAAGACCCCUGCUUCCGCGCUGUCGUCUUCUCACAAUUCACCUCCUUCCUCGAUCUCAUCGAAGCGGCCCUCGAUCGCGAAGGACUUGCAACUUACCGCUUUGACGGCUCGAUGGACGUCAAGAAGCGCGCAGCUGCUGUAUCAGAGUUCAAAGCGGCGAGUCGCGCGCCGAAGAUCAUGGUCAUCUCGCUCAAGGCUGGUGGUGUCGGACUGAACUUGACGUGCGCGAACCAUGUGUUCAUGAUGGACUGCUGGUGGAACUCCGCGACGGAGAACCAAGCCAUCGACCGUGUUCAUCGUAUUGGACAAGAGAAGACGGUCUAUGUCCGGCACUUCAUCAUCGAGGACACGAUCGAGGGACGCAUCUUGCAGAUCCAGAAGCGCAAAACUGCGCUCGUAAAGGAGGCUUUCCGCGGCAAAUCGGGUGGAAGCGGCGCGGACCCGGAGAGUGUUGAGAACCUCAAGAUCAUGUUUGGGAAGGAGGGCGCCGAUGAUGACGACGAGGCGAUGGAAGAGUGA